AUGCAAGACCACGCAAAAACCAUCCUAUGCCGCCAUGCUACAGGGACCCAUCCCCCACCCGCCCCAACAUACCGCCCCCUAUCCUCUUUACAAGUCCUAUCCUCCACCACAGCCCCACCGAAUUAUGACCCAAACAUGGAAGCUUUCAUUAGCCUCGGUAAGGAGGAAGCAAUGGUGCUCUCGGAGCAAUGGAUUAACUCGCUUAUCAUCAAAGUGAUAGGGAAGUCAUUCUCAGUGGAAUACCUCAAAACAACCUUGCAAAGAAUUUGGAAAACCAACCACCAAAUUCGUUUCAUUGCCCUAGGCAGAGGAUUCUAUAACAUUUCGGUACCGAAUGAGGAGGUAAGAGAACAUAUUCUAUCACAAGGGCCAUGGUUCAUUGCGAGCUACAUGCUCAUUGUUCAACCAUGGAUGCCGGGAUUCAUACCAUCCCAAGCCAUAAUCUCGAAGGCACCAGUCUGGAUUUCCCUACCAGAAUUGCCAAUUGAGUUCCACUCGCUCCCAAUGUUUCAAAGAAUUGCAAGCGAAAUUGGGACUUUCAUCAAAACGGACACAAAAGCUCUUGAACAAAACAGAGUAAGGUUUGCAAGGAUCCAAGUGUUGUUGGACCUGGCAAAGAAGAGAAAAGAAGCAAUAUGGCUAGGAGCCUUCAAGCAACCCAUCUACUAUGAGGAGAUACCACACUUCUGUACCCACUGCCAAUCUAUCGGACACAGGAGUGAAAGAUGCCCGCAAAAACCGGUCGACAAAGGAGAAACAGAGGACGGCGCGGAGGAGGAAAACACUUAA